AUGGAGGUGAAUUUCGGAUCGAGUUCAACUCAGAGCUUGCUUUCGCAUGAAGAUGAGGAAAAAGAGAUUGUUUCGGAAGGUUUUAACUUCAAGUUCAAUUUCUUCGGAUCAAGUACGAAGCAGGAAGGUAAAGAUUCUAAUGUAGAAAAGGAUGGAGCUUAUAAUGAAACAGAGGUUGAUUAUGACAAUGCCGAUGAUGAAGAAGAAUUUUCAUUUGUAAUCGACAACUCAAGUUCAAUGCCAGUUUCAGGCAACAGUGCUUUCACCAACGCACAAAUCCAGCCAAAAUUUUCGUUAUUCAACCGAGAUCUACAACUACCACAGGAUAAUUAUACUGUAUCUGAGAAUCAACUACCAUCGGAGUCUCAUGUGAAAGAAGUUCUCACUAAAACUUCGCCUGAUAUGACAUUGCAUAAAGGCGAACCUAACCCUACUUAUGGAACAUCACCUGGACUGUACUAUGCAGGGGGGAAAAAAUCACUGGAACUGUCUCAGAAGAGCAAUUCCGCUGGAUUUUCAAGGCUAUGGGGAUUACAAGAUGUUUUACACAGGAGUAACAGUGAUGGCAGUGACAGUUUCAUUGCAAAAGCAGCAAAACUGCACAGAUCACUCAAAGAGAACAACAGAAGGUGGACAAUGAAAAUGUAUUCUCAUCAGUCACGGAUCGAAGUGCAGAAAAAUAAACUAUUCCUAGCGUCAGCAAGAAAAUAG